UGUGUACCCUGUCUGUCCACUAUUUGUCCAAUAUUAAAGAUACUGGAGGAGCAUGCUCACAUGAUCAACACACAACUCCCACGCAGUCUGAUAUUUAAGUCGAGUGUUUUGUCUUCCGCCAGCAGCACCAAGAACAUCACAGGAUGACCUGCAAUUCUAGUUGCACCAUUUCAGGUGAGAAGAUGAAACCGAGCGUUCUAUACCCGGUGGCGCUUUUCACGACGGGUUUGAUUGGUAAUAUCAUCGCUCUUUGUAUCAUUUUUCGACACAAAAGCAUCGCACCGGGCAAACGUGUUUCAGUUUUCUAUGUGUUGGUCUCGGGCUUGGCUUGGACGGAUCUGCUGGGAAAAGUUUUACUGAGUCCAGUAGUAUUGGCAUGUUAUGCACUUUCCAAAUGUCUAUCGCAAAUCAGCAGACACUUGUGCAACACUUUUGGGUUGCUGAUGUCUUUCUUUGGACUGUGCCCCACACUAAUCCUACUGGCAAUUGCAGUGGAAUGUCUGCUCUCCGUUGGAUAUCCUUAUGUCUACAAUCGGCAAGUUACCCGGAGGAGAGCGCUGAUGUGCUUAUUCAGCAUCUACGCGUUCAGUUUUCUCUUCUGCGUCCUGCCCCUCUUCGGUUUCGGCGACUACCGGCAGUACCACCCCGGGACCUGGUGCUUUAUCAGACUGAAUGACACGAGACCCGCGAACAAGGCGUUUUCCUUGGUAUAUGCUACGCUCUUGACAUUGGCUAUCCUUGCAGUGGUUAUCUGCAAUAUGCUGGUCAAAAUCAACCUGAUGAAGAUGUACAAGCUUACCCGCAAAAGGUGCAUUUACAACGCCAGCGCGCGAACGAGAACCACCGCGUCUCCCCAGCAUUCCGAGGAGCUGGAUCACUUGGUCGUUCUCAUGCUGAUGACCUUGAGCUUUCUCAUUUGCUCCAUCCCUGUAACGGUCCGGGUGUACACUGGUGCCUUUUCUUCAUACGAAUGUGCACCGUGGGAGGAAGAGCAGCGGGACUUGUUGGCAAUGCGUUUCCUCUCGGUCAACUCCAUUGUGGAUCCUUGGGUUUUCAUCAUCUUGCGCACCUCCCUCUGCCGCAAACAGUUGCACAAGCUGUUUGAUAAACUAUGUAUGUCACGUACGCCACGGACGACUUCAGCGACACCAGAUCCCAACCCUUGCCACAUGCGUACCGGUAGUCUUGGAGACGGUGGUCACACCCCAAGCACCGUACAGGAUCGCCUGGAAUUAACUGCCUGGGAUGAUUUUCAAGGGCCGAAAUAGCGCGCAGAUAAAUUUCAAGAUGCAUGUGAAAAAAAACUGCUGCGCAGUGGGAUUACAGUCUUUCUAUUUUCUGACAAUGUGGCUGUAUUACUGCUUGUUAGCCUAUGUCGCGGUACGACAGAAUCACCGCCAUUUGUUUUGGAAAAGGACGAAGAAAGACUAACUGCUACCUAACUGUGUACAGUAGGCUAAUUCAACCACUAAAGACCAAUAUAGCUCUGUCUGCUUAGGAGCAUAUCCAUCUUGCUAUUUUAACUCAAGGCGCGUGUUUUUAUUUUGUUUACUGACGACUUUAGGGUUAAGUUCAUAAUUCCAGCGAGAUUUCCAACCCCACAAGCCAUUAAAAUAUACAUUUAAGCAUUUAGCAAUCGCUUUUUAACCAGAGCGUCUUCCAUAAGUACGCACGUCAACGUUUAGGAAACGAGAAACGCUGAGGACUGUGUGACAACCAAUAGUAGAAAUUAAUACGUACAUUUACGACAAAUGUAAGUACCAUACUAGGGGCAAGAGGGAGGUUGAGAGCAUACUGGUGCUCAAUGUAGCAAGUCUGCGAUAGACAGUUACUCAACGGUCCAGCUUGUGGUGGGGAGCUUAUUCCACCACUGGCGAGCAAAGAGGCAUGACUCAGAGAAGGGGGAGAUAGUACGAGACAUGACUUUAGGGAAGGGAAGGCCGUCAGAGAAAGAGGAGCAGAGUGGUCUUGCAGGAGUGUGUAUGGUAAUGAACCUCGAGAAAGAGGGAACGGUGCCUGUUGAUGCAUCAUCGAUGGGACUAGGAAUGUGUAUUUUAUUUUGGCCACAACUGGUUAGCAAGCUUUGUCCGGAUCGUGUUUUAUUUAUUAUGAAGCAAAACUGCAAUAAAUCUUUUCAAUAAAUGGAAAGCGCAGCGAUAAUUAAGGAACAUAAGUCUUGAUCCUGGCAUACAAAGUAAUAAACCAGAUUUGUUUGUUUAAUUAUUAAUCAGUGAUAUAAAGCAUUUAUUUGAAAAACAAAGAAAAAUACAAGAUUGUUGGCCUGUGUUUUGUUUAUUUUUUCCCUGUAUUUUAAUCUCUGUCAUAUCAGGAAUACUUGGAAAAACCAAAGAGAUCAUGUUAUGUCCAAGAUCAAGAGCAGAAUUUUAACCAUUUCCAACCUCAUCCUUUUAAAGUUAUUUUAUGUUUUCAUCAGGAAGCUUGGCUGUCCUUCUGUUCACCAGCUGAAAAGUAGCAAGUUCACAAGAGUGCAUUCUGACAGUAUUUUGGAUUCAUUUAUUUUGCAUACAAGGUUUUGUGUACAUACCCCCCAAAAAUAAAUAAAUGAAUAAUA